UUCACUGUUGAAGAAAUGAUGCCCCAUGUCCAACACAUGAAAGGAGGUCACAGUAAAAACCUUUUUCUUAAAGACAAGAAGAAGAAAGGGUUCUGGCUGGUGACUGUUCUGCACAACAGGCAAAUCAAUUUAAAUGAUCUUGCUAAAAAACUGGGCGUUGGAAGUGGAAACCUAAGAUUUGCUGACGAAAAUGCCAUGCUGGAAAAACUGAAAGUGGGCCAGGGCUGUGCGACACCCCUGGCCCUCUUCUGUGACCAGGGAGAUGUGACGUUGGUGCUGGAUGCUGGCUUUCUGGAAGGUGGCCAUGAAAAGGUAUAUUUUCAUCCAAUGACAAAUUCUGCAACCAUGGGCUUAAGCCCCGAUGACUUUUUGAAGUUUGUGAGAUCAACAGGCCAUGAUCCCAUCAUCAUACAUUUUGAUGAAGACACGAAGUAA